UUCCAGAUGAAGAGAUUAUCAGGGACUUCAUUAAUAGCUGGGGCCCAAGAACGUUAUGGAAGAAGUGAAAUUUGAGAGCUGUACACUGUUACCUGAGAAUCACAGAAGAAUAGGUUGGGAGUCAGCUGGUUCCAUUCACAGUUCACCAGGUUACACAGCAUUAGGGGAUAAGUACUGGGAACUCCUGAUGUCUCAGGUGCAAAUUGUACCAAGGGCUACAAGAACCAAAAGCUGCAGUGAGAGUAGCAGGCUGGAGAACCUGCAGAUUCUUCCGGAGGGGUCCCACAAACCACCAACAGGUACCCCUCCCAGUAACAAAGUGCAGUCAGUCUUUGAAAGGGCUCUCUCCCUGCCCUUACUGCACAAUGAAGCCAUCGACUUGGCCCUGCAUCUCACAGAGACCCCCGAGCACACUCAGUGGUGUUUCUCACCCAGAAGGAAAGAAGGAACUCCAGGGCUGUCCAAAAACUCACUAUGCAGUGAGAGCUCCUUCACGUCUGGAAGGAACCAAGCACAGGAAUCCAAAGACAGCUUGGAGACCAUUCACUUCAGGUGUACUUCAAGAAAGGAGUAUGUCAGGUUCUGCACUUUGGCAGCUGUUAAAAGCGGAUGGUUGCCAGUCCAGAGGAAAGCAGCCAGCUACGUUAUUCCUUGUAAUACUGGGGAUGAAGAGAGCUCAGCUUUAAUCUCUGAGACCAAAGCAGUCGCUUUCAGUAGAGGUUCAAUGGUUCCUGAAAACCUCUUGAACAAGAAGACGCCUGUUCAAACUGAUAUAAAGGAUGUAAACCAGGCAAGUUCCAGUAUAAACUCCACAGGAUUGCGCACCUGGAGAUUUCCAGUUCAUAAUUUAAAAAGCAACCAGGAAUCAAACAAUGACAACCUUGGUUCACCGAAGGAUAAAGUGCCUUUAACAACAGAGGGUGAGGCAAAAAAAUCAGAGGACAAGAAGACGGGAUUUUCGCUGCUUUCUAACUCAGUUCGGUCUGAUAAGUCACACAGUAAGGAAUGUUUGGAGCCCCGCCGGAGUUCCGUGCUUCCAAACGAACAGCCGGAAGCAACAGAAAUUUUGGAACAGACAUGCAGCAUUGCCUAUCAGGGAGACUCACCACCUGGGGAGACUAAAGGCCUUCCUAAGAUGAAGGCAGGCUUCUCAUCCAUCACAAUAACAACUAGAAGAGUUGAACAGCUACCUAACACUUCAUCACAGCAGGAUACAUCCACUCUUACUCAGACGGAGGUUAAUGAUGGCCAGCCUGCCUCUACUGCUACCUUGGACGGCCUCUUAGUGGACAGGAACUGCAAACCAGUUAUCCGAAGAAGAAAGGCCACCAUAAUAAAGGUGACUGAAUACAGGCAAAGUUACACAGAAGGUGAAAGGAUCAGGAGGGUAAAACCACUUGAGUUCAGACAUAGUUAUGCGGAAGGAGAAAAUAAAGAAAACGUGUCCUCUCAUCUUUGGCAGAGUAAAGAUUCUUUGUCCUCUCUACCCCAAGGCUUAGUACGAUCCUGUGCCCAUCUUGAAGUACCAGCUGAGUCUGCAAAUUCUGUCUUGUACUUGGAGAAGUUCCGUUCCAUUUCCUUGCCUAAACCAGAGAACGACAGAGAAGAGGAGGUACACAGGUCUGCGCUUUCUUUGUACCUGAGCAGAACAUCCCCCAAAGCAGAUCAAGCCGAAAUGGGAGGUGGCCAAAAUGAAGAACGUCUUGGUCCUAAGAAUGGUCUUUGGUGCCCUGGUUUGAAUAAAAACACAGAAGCUAGUCUGCACUGGAUCACUUCUCCUGAAUUACAGGAACAAGAGCCCACUCUUCCCAAAAAUUCCAAUGGUGUCGAUACUGCAGAGUCAGGCUCUCAUUUAUGCAAGCAGUCUUUUUCUGGUGGUGCAACAGAAAGUGAUACAUGUUUCUCAUAUACACAAAAAGUGAGAGAAGAUACAAAUUUAAAUUACAAGGGUGCUUUUCAGCAGCGCAGUAGGACCAAUCAACCACCUACUUUUAAUAAACCCCAAGAACACGUACCAUAUCAAAGAAGUUCCUGUCCGGCUCCUGACUUAUCAUUAAGUCUUCGGGCUGCAUCUGUGAUAGCCAAUCUGAAAAUCCAAAAACAACUUGGCAAGAUACCAGUUUGCACGGAUGCGACAUAUUUAAAGAAAACGCAAGACACUUUGGGAGAAGCUGCUAAGGGACAUGUUAAAGUGUCCAAUCUUGAGAAAGAAGUUAAUCAGGACCCCUCCUCCUGCGUGAUGCCCGAGGAUACACCUGAGUUCCCCAGCCCCGUUCCUGAGGAGCAGAAGCAAUACGUCCAUGGCCCUGUGGAUGUCACACUUACAGCCCUCACUCUGAAAGAAGCGCUGGAGCUCUAUCGCCCUGACUUCAUUAGCCGCUCCAGGGGCAGAGUGAAGCAGCUGGAGCAGCGGGCGCUGCAGAGGAGAGCCCUGGAGAUCACAGACGUGUCCCCGCAGGGCCCCACUCUUGGCACCAAGAAGAGGCACUGCACCAAGCCCCACCCUCUUAGUGAUAAUCUUUUUAAACCCAGGGAAAGAGCCAUUUCAGAGAAGGAGAUGCAACUGAGAUCUAAGCGGAUUUACAACAAGCUGCCUGAAGUCAAAAAGAAAAAGGAAGAAGAAAAGAAAAAAGUGGUAUCGCAGACAAACAGGUUGCGGGCUGAGCUGUUUAAAAAGAAAUUGCUGGAUCAAAUCCUGCAGAGAAAUGGUGACUGAUGAGGAAUGAUUCUCAGGCAGCCUGCUGGAUUUGCAAAUCUCUUAGUCAAGUAGUGAAAUGCUUCUUCCGUUGCUUUCUUAAGUCAAAAGCAGAGAAUGUGGAAUGGAGAGAGCACCCACAGCAACCAUUGGCUCCACCAGUAUUACAGUAUAUGCAGUUCUCUUCCUGUGCUGCUUUCAGACAGUAGACUAAAAUUAAAUAUAUACCACUGCUUUUGAAAUUGUAUAUCUGAGACUAUUUUGCAGCAAAAAAUGAACUUCGUGCUACCAAUGAGAGCCCAUCAUCAUAAAGAGCUUUAUAUAAUGGAUGGUAUUAUUUUUACGUGAAUGGCAAUAUUGUUUUAUGUAAUCCGAAACUCGAUUCAUUAACCUACCAGAAAUGUGAUUUCAUUCCACCUCACUCCUGAAUAACCUUUUUAUUGGAAUGACAAAUAUGAAAGGCAAUGAAAAUAUAUGAAAAGUGCUGCAUGACAUUUCUAUUUAGUAGCUACCUGUAUCUCUUCACCUCACAAAAGCUUGAAUUGAGUGGGUUCACACAGUGAACUUCAUUAGGACAACAAUGAAUGAAGCCAGGCAGAGUCUCCCUUUUUUGGGCAGUGGUUUGGGAAAAACUACUAACACUAUCCGAGACUCAACAGGGAUGUUACACUACAUAAUCCUCGCUCAGCCAGAGGGACCACUUGUUGCAAUUUCUCUGAGGUAAAAAUACUGUAGGAUUAAAAAAGGUUUUAAAGACAAUUUCUUAAGAUUAACAUCACAAGAACACUAGCAAAAACAAUCAUAUUUAACAGUACAGAAUGGUUUGCGUUGAGAUUCGUAUUUUCUAACCCCCAAAUCUUUUCUGUGUGUGUUUUGAUGUUGAUAUUAGGCUGGUGGUUCACAGCAUGUGCGAGUCUAGUACGUCAAAUUAUAUUUCCCAAUAAUAAACUGCAUCACUUCACAAACAGGUUUGCUUGAAACAUGGAAAAUUCAUUAGGUAACAACAAACAGGUUUUAAGGUGAGAAUGUGUUGAAGUUACAUGUAGUAUUAAUACUGUAGAUUUAAUCCCACCCCAAACCAAUGUGUGUAAUACAAGAAAUCUGUAACUUCCUGAAAAUUGCAUUAAAAUGGUAAGAACGAUGUAUAAAAUACUGCACAAGAAUCUAAAUUGAGUCACUGCCUAUUGAUUGUUGAAGUCAACUGAAAUUCAGAUUGCUGCAGCAGUAGGUCAUCUGUCUUUUAAGGGUGUGCACUUAUCUUCUGUCUUUUUAAAUAAAACAUAAUUCUGUAUAUUCAAUUAUUUAAUUUUUGUCACGAAAAGUAUUUUAGAUAUUGUCCAUGCUUUUUAUUCCUCAAUAAAUUGUCGACCAAAGGCUGUGAUAUUUUGUAUCCUCCAAUAAACUAUAUAUUAUGACA